UCUUAAUAGAGCCUCGAAUUCAAUCAUGUUACUCAGGCCCAUUGGACGAGCGAUUCUCUGGCCGCGUGCAGUCAUUAAAAAUGCAGACAAAUCACUGAAACGCCAUUCCUAUAGGCGAUAUUGCGCGACGAAGGGUAUUUUUGAUCACUUAAAGCUCAGCGAGGAAGAAGAAAAAAGACUGCAUAAUUUAGUCGCAAUCAUCAACAACGAUGAAAAAAAAAAGUUUUAUACCAGAUUUGUCUUGAAACUCUACGAGCAGAGAUGCGCUGCAGAGCUGCUGACAGAAUGCCUCCUGAAUCCCUUGAAAGGUAUAGAGAUCCCGCCCGAAAACACACUGGAUCGAAAUGUUUUUAUUGCAUUUACUUGGGGGGUGGUGAUGCAGCAAGUAGAUGAAGUGCGAACCGCCAUCAUCUUUUACCAGCAUGCGCUUCAGACCGAUGAAAAGCUGGUUGAGGCGUAUAAGGUGCUAAAGAAUGGUAGGAAUGACGAGAACAGGUCGGAGUUCGACCAAGCUGCUAAAGUGGUGAAAGACUCUAUUCAAAACAUUCAGACGUUGCCAAUUGGCAAGUCUAUGAUCAUGCUUUUAAUUUCUGAGAACUGCUUGAACGACAUUAAGAGCGGCCGAGUACUGGGUAUAUACAAGUCGUUCGAGAAGAUACAGCAGAAUAUAGUUGAGGCCGAGAUAACUACUCCAUAUGAACUCAAUGAGCACGAGAAAAAAAUGUACAAGAAUAUUAUCGCCAACAUGUUUAAGGAUGACGUAAAUCUAAAAAUCUCGACCCGAAUCGACCCUCUCUUGGAGGGUGGAUACGUCUUGAACGUCGGCGGCAAAGUCAUCGACAACAGUUGGAAGCGGCAGCGAGAGAAGUACUUCGAACAACUCGAAGCUAUGGUGCCUUUCGCUAGAUGAUGAGAAUAGGGGCACGCCCGAAAAUCUAUCACGUUGGAACGUGGCAGGUAGAGAGAGAUUGCGAUUCGAGAAAAAUUGAGGAAAAAGGGUCACAGAAGAAAAGGUUCUGUGUGGAAACAUCAGUUCACCUCGGCCAAGAAGUUGUAGCCCCUUAUUCAGGGUUAGACCCUGCAACGUUUAUGCGUAUAUAGAAUAAACCAAUUUGAGAAAAAUUAUGGUAUAAAAAUCAACCUCGUCUACCUUA